AAUAUGGACGCUGAAAUGGACCAACAGCCUAAUCACGAUGAGGCUCAAUAUUUGGAUUUAGUGCGACGGAUUAUUGCAACAGGAGAGCAACGUAUCGAUCGGACAGAAGUUGGCACUCUUUCAAUUUUUGGUACUCAAAUGCGCUUUGAUCUACGCAAUGAUUCGUUUCCAUUGCUGACUACCAAGCGAGUUUUCUUCCGUGGCAUCGCCCUGGAACUGCUGUGGUUUGUAGCCGGCAAGACGGAUGCAAAACUGCUACAACAGCAGCGAGUUCACAUCUGGGAUGGCAACAGCACUCGCGAGUUCCUUGAUAAAUGUGGCCACACGGAGCGCGCUGUUGGGGAUCUGGGUCCGGUCUACGGCUUCCAGUGGCGUCAUUUUGGAGCCGAGUAUCGCACCUGCGACGAUGACUACAGCGGACAAGGCAUCGAUCAGCUGCAGCAAGUGAUUGAUACGAUUCGAAACAAUCCCUCGGAUCGUCGUAUCAUUAUGUCGGCUUGGAAUCCCUUGGAUAUACCCAAAAUGGCACUGCCUCCUUGCCACUGCUUGGUGCAGUUCUAUGUGUCGCAAUCUCGAGGAGAACUCUCCUGUCAUCUGUACCAGCGAAGUGCAGACAUGGGACUCGGGGUUCCUUUUAACAUCGCCUCUUAUGCGCUGCUCACCUACAUGAUUGCCCAUGUGACCGGAUUGAAGCCUGGUGACUUUGUCCACACCAUGGGAGAUUCUCAUGUGUAUCUUAAUCAUGUGGAACCAUUGCAACAGCAACUGAAGCGGCAGCCUCGUCCAUUUCCUAAGUUUAACAUUAAGCGGCAGGUCAAAAAUAUUGAAGACUUUCGUUAUGAAGAUUUUGAAAUCGUUGGAUACAAUCCUCAUGAAAAGAUUCAAAUGGAGAUGGCUGUUUAGCAAUUAAAUCUUAAUAAAGUCUAUACAGAAAACACUCAUUUGAAUAUUCCAUAAGCUUUGUUUUAAGCACGUGAUGUUUGUUUUAAUUCGAGAUUGUGGCAAGUUAGAAAUUUGAUAAAUCCUUAUUGUUCUUUCAAAUGUA